AUGCAAGACGAGAUGAGGAUAAGGUGGGAUCUUAUUGCAAUAGCUGAAAAUAUGGAACAUAGAUGUGCGGCUGCAUUGGAAGGAGAAGACAAGUUUCCUAAAGACACGAAGGAGGAGAUGAAGAAGGAGAUUUUGGCAAGGGCUCAUUCCGUGAUCUUGCUUUCAGUUAUUGAUGAGGUGUUACAGGAGUUUGUAGAUCAGAUGACGGCUUCUGGGCUAUGGGAUAAACUGUGUGAGAAGUACCAGUACAACUCUCUCACGAACAUGAUAUAUCAGAAACAACGACUUUACACCCUUCGGAUCUCCAAAAGUACUAACAUAAAGGAUUAUCUUGAUACCUUUAACCGUAUUAUUUUGAUCUUCAAGGGGAUGAGACUACAACAGAGGGGUAAUGGGAAUGCGAGGUCGCGUUCAAAAUCAAAAUCCUGUAGCAAAGUUAACUUUUACCAUUGCAAGGAGAAGGAACAUAUUAAAAGGGAUUGUCCACAGAAGAAGAAAAGUACAAAAGUUGAGUCUAGCAACAGUAGCAGUGCUGCUGUAGUACAAGACAACUCUGAUGAUGGGAACCUUGGUGAAGUUCUGACAGUGUGUAGUGCUAGUACUGUUGAUACCUAG